UGCUGCAGUUGGCAAUUGGCAGACGCCACACCUUUUCUUGUUCGGACUCCAAAUCGUGAGGCCCUGAUUCGUCUCACAGCUUUCAUUUUGUGAACCUAACAUCGCCCUCCCGCUCGUAUCCGAAACCGAAAUCGAAAUCGAAAUCGAAAUCGUGAAGAGUCUCCCUUCUAUCUUUGGUGCAUAGCUAAAUUCUAGGGUUUAUAUCCGUCUGACAAAUCCCCCUUGUGUGGAUCCCGUGUUUUCUUUCUGUUUCUGGGUGCAAUCUAUUAGAUGAAAAUCCAGGGAAAGAUCAUCUGGGUUUAAGAAAAUUUUCCAUCUUACGUACUGGGUCUGUGUCAAAUUGAAGCCUCUCUGAUCUUCGUCCUGUAUAUACUUCUGCAAGAAAAGCUUGCGUCUUGCAUCACUCGCCUAUUCGUUGAAAUCAUCAAACACCGUCUCGGAGAAAUUCUCGGGUCAUUACAAGAUGACGAUCGUAGAUGUUCCGAAGAGGUGCAGCUCCUCCGAUGAUGCUACCGCUCCGUUGUUACCGAAAUCCAGAGACGACGAAGGUAGUUUCGAUGAAUUCAAUGGAGCAUCGUUCAGUGGUGCAGUUUUCAAUCUCUCCACGACCAUCAUCGGUGCCGGUAUCAUGGCUUUGCCAGCCACGAUGAAGAUCCUCGGCCUUGUUCUUGGUAUUGCAAUGAUCGUUUUUAUGGCCUUCUUGACCGAUGCAUCCAUCGAGUUCUUGCUUAGGUUCAGUAAGGCCGGGAAGAAACGAUCUUACGGCGGUUUAAUGGGCGAUUCUUUUGGAAAGUGUGGAAGGGUUUUGUUGCAAGUCGCUGUUCUAGUCAACAACAUCGGGGUGUUGAUCGUUUACAUGAUCAUCAUUGGCGAUGUGCUUGCCGGGAAGACAUCUGAUGGAAUCCACCAUGCCGGUGUUCUUGAAGGAUGGUUCGGGGACCGUUGGUGGAACAGCAGAACUUCUGUGCUUGUCAUUACAACAAUUUUAGUAUUCGCUCCAUUGGCAUGUUUCAAACGGAUUGAUUCUUUGAGAUUUACAUCGGCCUUGUCAGUUGCUCUGGCAGUUGUUUUUCUCGUCAUAACAGCAGGAAUAGCUGUCAUGAAAUUGAUCAGUGGUGGUGUCAUGAUGCCGAGGUUGCUGCCAGAUGUCACCGACUUAGCUUCGUUCUGGAAUCUCUUCACUGUUGUACCCGUUCUUGUCACUGCAUAUAUUUGCCAUUAUAACGUUCACAGCAUACAGAACGAGCUUGAAGACUCGUCUCGGAUAAGACCCGUGGUCCGAUCAGCCCUUACGCUAUGCUCUUCCGUUUACAUAAUGACUAGCCUUUUCGGGUUCCUCUUAUUUGGUGACGACACUCUCGACGAUGUCCUUGCCAACUUCGACACCGAUCUCGGGAUCCCCUUUGGUUCUGUCCUGAACGAUGCUGUCCGAGUCAGCUAUGCAGCUCAUCUCAUGCUCGUGUUCCCGAUCGUCUUUUACCCUUUGCGGCUGAACAUUGAUGGGCUCGUUUUCCCGAGUGCGCCUUCGUUAUCUUCCUCCAAUGUCAGGUUUGGUUGCAUCACCGCAAGUCUCAUCACUGUAAUCUUCUUGGGGGCAAACUUCAUCCCCAGCAUAUGGGAUGCCUUCCAAUUCACCGGAGCUACUGCUGCUGUCUGUCUCGGUUUCAUAUUCCCUGCCGCAGUUACUCUGAAGGACCGUCACAACAGAGCGACGAGGAGGGACAAGAUCCUAGCCUUGUUCAUGGUCGUCAUCGCAGUGUUGUCCAACUCCAUCGCCAUUUACAGCGACGCAUAUGCUUUGAUAAAGAAGAACGGUUCUUCGCCUCGAGAAUGAUCGAUCGUUUCGACUGAGGUUUUCGAUCUUUUAUCGGGACGAGGAAGGAAUUCCGGUUAUGGGUGUUGAUGGAAAUGUGGAAAGAGCGCACAGGCAGAGAGGAGGGGAUGUUAGUAUAAAUAAUAGUUUGCUGGUUGUUUUUGUCUGUAUGAAUUGUUGAUGACAAAAAUACACUUUCAAUGUAUUAAGACUGUCUGGUCAUAUGAAAGAUAAUAAUCAUAUGAUGAUGUGCUUGUAAACUCUGUAAAAGAUUAGUGUGUGGUAUGUUAACCGGAAUAUAUUCGGUCCGGUUUAUUUCGGUUCA